AUGGAGGACGGGAAAACGGUGCGUUUCCGCGUGGCUUCGGCCCACAGCGGCCGGGUCCUGGCCGAGGUGUUCAAGGACCAGCGGGCGUGGGAAAUCUCGGCUCCGGCCUCCAGAGGCUCAGGCGGGGGGGAACAGGAGGAGGAGGAGAGGGACGAGUCUCCAGGCUCUCCACCACCGACCCCCAGUGAGGCCAACAGGCACCUGGACGGGCUGCGGGGGGGCGGGGAGGGCCUGGAGGAAACGGACGACCUGCUGCUUUACGCCAGUAGAAAGAGGGAGAAACUUUUUAGCAACAAGAGGAUCAAUAUCUGCAGCCAGAACGGGACCGUCCGGGGGGUCAGGAACAAGGUGGGCGCCGGCCAGGUGCUGUUCAACAGCCUCUCCAGCGUGUACUCGUUGAUUGUUGACAUCCGGAACAAGAGCAAGAAGAGGAGCGCCUACGGAUCCAACCAGGAGGAAGAGGAGGAGGAGAAAGAGGAAGAAAGGGACCCUGAGGCCAGCGACCACGAGGAGGAGGACCCCGGUCAGCCAAAGGACUACAAGGACCUGGACAAACACGUGCAGUCCUUCCGCUAUGAUGUCAUCGUGAAGGCCGGCCUGGACGUGGCGCGAAAACUAAACUGUCAGGUGGCCAUAAAGAACAUCCCCAAAACGGGCUCCAUCUGCCAGGUGCUGGUGCAGCUGCCUCACGUCUUCCAGCUUUUUCCCGCCGACAGCCUCAUGGACCAGGACGCCCGGUAG